AUGUGCGUGAACAUAUGUCAUCCCAAGAAUAAGACCGGACAUACGGGAUUGCAGGUUGGCUGUUCGCCGGUUCGUUUGAACGGCAUCGCCGUCGGAAAUGGCUGGCGGAUGGCUCCGCCGACCCCAAACGAACUUUUUUACUUGCGUAGCCGCCCUUGCCCGGAAAUAGAAGGACCAGCACCAUGCGCCUCGUGCGGCGCCUGCGUUUCCCAGCCGUCGCCGCUUAGGGCGGGCAUGCAGGGCAUCGACGGCAUCGUUUCGACUUGGAUGAAGCCGACAUGCAGAAUGUCGAGCUGCUUUGGGUAUUCGAAGCCGUCGAGCUUGUUUUCGAAGUGGUUGACGAUCAGCACAAGGCCAUCAUCGUCCUGCAUGAUCGCUAUUCGUCGUGCCGCGCACGACCAGCAGGUUGAUGAUUCAGCUUCAUGGUCGCCUUCCGUUGGUGAGACGGACACGAGCCGAUCGUGGUCAGAUCGACGACCGGCCACGCACGAGGGCAACUCGUUGUGUCCGGCCACGGCCAAGAGCGGCAUCACCUGCUCAAGCGCGCUUAGCAGUUUAGUCCGUGUACACACUGUGCGUCAAGCGAAGGGAGCUGGCUUCAGAAACGAAGGUUCAGAGGGGACAGCAUCGGCGAGCUCAGGCUACAGACGCCUCCCGAUCCAGCCGUUUUCCCAAAACCUGUUCCUGAUUGCAUUUUCCCGAAACGGCUCGUCGGCGAUGGAGAAACGGGACUGCUGCGAUAAGUUGAACGGCUGGCCGGGAUGCCCGCGCCGAUCUGCUAAAAACGGCAAACGGUGGAUCGGUCUGUUUGUCGCUGUUUGA